UCUGAGCAGAUGCCUGAUCAAAAUGUAACAGAGCCACGUACACACGGUCUAGUUGUUAAAAUGAAUUUUAAAAAAGGACAAGCAGUUGCACUUUUUCCAGUUUUCAAAACAAACAACCUGCUAUAAAUAUUCACGGUGUGGGGCGAUCGGCAGUGAUGGAUUUAGGCACAGAUCGUAUUUAACGACGCAGAUUGUUUUAGUGUCCAACAUCAUGAAAGAAGUAGAUCUUCAACGCAACACCUCUGAAAGUCAACUUCUAGAGAAGAAACAAGACAUUAAUUCUGUCGUUGCUCCUCAGCAGAAGGAUGUUCUUAUAAAGCAAACAUCUGAUAAUCAGCAGCUGGUGGAGGUUAAAGAAGAAGAGGUUCUUGAUCUACAGAGCUCCAGUGUGAACCAUCAUAAACCGGAGCUCAUCAACAUAAAGAAGGAGGAGGAGGAGGAGGUCUGGACCAGUCAGGAUGAAGGGCAUCAUACUGUGAAGAGUGAAGAUGAAGAGAAACCUCAGCUUUUACAUCUUCAUCAAAUCAAAAGUGAAGACAACAGAGAGACAAGACCUCCAACCAGCAGCCCAGCUGAGCAGAUAACAACAGAAAAUGAUAGAGAGGACUGUGGAGGACCAGAACCAGACAGGAACCCAGACCCAAAAACUCAUGUACAACCAAACACCGAUGAAAAGGCUUCUAACUCUUCUGAGACUGAAGAUAGUGAGGAUGACGGUGAAGAUCACAGUAAAGAUGAUUGUGAUGAAACAGAGUCAAGUAAUGGAUGUGAAAGUGAAGACCGUGAUGAGGACUGGAGGGAAACCGCAACAUGUCCUUCAGGUGAAAAAAACAACGUGGGAUGUAAAACUAGCAAGAAAGCCUUCAAGUGUCCUGAGUGUUUUAAACGGUUUGUCAACAAGUUGUCCUUUCAGAAACAUGCGACUUCUCACUCAGGUAAAAGCUCGUCUAGUGUGGCUGAUGAGAAACGUUCUAGAAGGAAGCGGAAUGCAGAUUCAAAAACGGGAAACAAUAUUGAGACAAGAACAUUUGCUUGUGAAGAUUGUGCUAAAGUAUUCAAAUUCCCACACACUCUCAAACGCCACAUGAAACAUCACAUUGGACAUAAACCCUUUGCUUGUAAGGAUUGUGGUAAAACGUUUUGUAACCGAUCUAAAGUUAAACGUCACAUGAGAAUUCACAAUGGGGAAAAACCCUUUGCUUGUAAGGAUUGUGGUAAAAAGUUUUCCUAUCAGAAUGUUCUUGCAUAUCACAUGGCAGUCCACAAAGGAGAGAAACCGUUUCAGUGUGAGGUGUGUAAUCGAAGCUUUUUAAUGAGAGGAGCACUGAAUGUACAUAAGAAGAUUCACGAAGGAGAAAAAUCUUUUGUUUGCAGUGUUUGUAACACACGUUUUAGGCUAAAAGGAGACCUCAAAAGACAUGAGGAAAUUCACUUAAACGUGAAACAAUUUGCUUGUGUCCAGUGCGGCAAGAGCUUUUCCCGAAAACACACCCUGGUCAAUCAUUUGAAACUCCACACAGGAGAGAGACCAUUUGCCUGUAAUAAGUGUGAACAGAAAUUUACUCGGAAGAUGUAUCUUAUGCGACACAUAAAAAAACACGUAAAACGCCACUUAAAAGAGCAGAAUGCACUGUUUGUUUGCGCGACAUGUGGAAAAGGGUUCAACAAGAAGUUAAGCCUUGAAACACACAUGCAUUUGCACACAGGACAAAAUCUAUUUAGCUGUGAUGUUUGUAGCAAAACAUUUGUACGAAGAGAUAGUCUGAAGACACAUUGCAAAAAAUUCCACAAAAAUGGCUAAUU